CUAUGUUCGAUUUGCGUUUCUUGUUGAGUUUCUGGGACAUUUGUGUCGAUUCAUGGUCAAAAGCAGCCGUUACAUGUUGGUUUUCUUCGACUUGACUUGUUUGGAUCUGCAGCAUUGGCUCGGAGGGUUCCAUGGCUUGAGACCUGCUGGUCUUGAGCAUUGGCCGUGUGUCACCGCACGGCACGUGUUCAAACCGCGGUUUGAUCCUCAAGGGACGCGGUCAUGCCUCCGAGGCGACCAGGUGGGAAGUACAAGGGUCUGAUCACCCGAACGAAGACCGAUGCCGCUCUGGCGGCGGAAGCCGAUGCCAGGGCCAAGAAACGCCAGGAAGAAGUCCUUAAGAGGGCAGCCAUGAGGAAGCAGAGGGAGAAGAUGGACCGAGAAGGCGUGGGUCCCGAUGCGGUGGACCCUGAAGAGGAGAAGCGGCAAAGGAUUUUGAACUUGUUGAUGGGAGGCCGGCGUGGCGAUACGAAGAAGUUCUUCCAAGCCUGGAAGAAGGGCGCUGCCCAGCAGCGGAAGGAGAUGAAGAUCCACGAGCGCGAGAUCGGCUGGAAACGGCAUUGCAACGGCAUGGAUCCGGACUUCCCGAAGAACUGCAACGGCAUGAAGCAGCUUUUACCCAGCAGCCUUACCUUACCCUUGAAUAACUUCUUGGCGCUGGACACAGGCGAUGUGGAAAGCUUCCGUGCCUCGCGUGGGCGAGACUACCGGAUGGGCAUGUCAGGCAUGUCGGACAAACUGAAGCAGGCCACCUUGUCAAGGGCCAUGGGCUUCCUACCCGAGAUCAAGGACCGCCACGCCGGCCAUGCGCAUGGCAGAAGCCAAGAGCGAGUGGAGGAGGAUCGGUGGUUUGGACCUGAGAGUGAGAUCCAGCGGCUCGGCGGGCCGAGUCGGAGGCGCUCCAGGUUUCGUGAACACGGCGCGGAGGUGACACCUCUCUUCAAAGCUGUUCUCCCCAAUUUUGGGACGCCGGAUCCGUCGCCGGAUCGACCGUGGCUCGAAGCAAGUCAGGGGAGCUUUGCUUCCUGGACACCCGCACCAUGCGCAUUCGCCACUGCCCCGUGGAAUUCGGACACGUGCAGGUGGUGCGGCGGCGGUCCUCCGUGCUGGAUUUGCAAGGAUGAUGCUCACGCCGUGGCACACCGGUACCGCUUAUGUUAGACUGGGCCUGACUUGGGCUCUGCAGAGUUCUGGGGUGAACUCCAGCGAACCCGUGCCACCCGUUUCCAAGAAACGCGGUGUUUGGCUCCGGCUUCGGCGCCUGUGUGACACAAGCUGCCGGAAGACCAUCUUUUUGGAGCAAGGUGAAGCAAGAAACGUCGAGUGGAAAUGGCUCUCUCCAACAAAUAUAUGGAAGUGGAAGAGAGAUCUGGUUUGUAGAUGAGCGAGAGGGAAAC